UUCGCUAUCACAAUCCCCCAGCUCCCUCACCAGCCAUCCAUCAUCCACGCCCGCCAUGAAGCUGUCUUGGGGCUUCCUCUUCUCCUCGCUACUAUAUUGCUCGGCGUCGGCGUCGAGAGCGGGCCAUGCGUUCCUCUACGACCCCAAGACCACUGCUGCGUCUCAGCAGGUCACCCCCGAGACAGCUCGAUUGAUCCUCGCACAACGACUGGGGCUGUCACAGUUCCAUUCAAUCAAGCAUGCGAACGACGAGGUUAUUGAGCAGCUCAAUGCCUACGGAGGAAGACCGCAGCGACCUUUUGGAGACGAUAGCUUCAGGAACUGGGCCCAUGCACUGGUAUGGAUCGAGGAUGUCCGCGACGUGGCAGCUAUCAUCAAAGACCCGGCAGAGUACUCCGCCACCUUCACCAUAGCCGAGCCCCCAUGCUCGUCUGCCAACGACCGCUUGAUCCAAGAUAUGGUGUUGCAAGCCGAAUCUCUCCCUCGUAGACCUGACCCACGGCAAGACACUUACAACACCGGCCUUGUUGUCGAUAAACUCUUGGGCCAGCUCAAGCCCGUCGACACGUACAAUGACUACCUCACCGUCUUCCACGCAGACAAAACCCUGUCCGCCUCUUCUUCCGACCUCUCUAAUGCCCUCGCCCAACUCGUCUCCACAUCCGUUGACCAAGGCUUCUCUAUAACCGUUGUCCUCAUGCCCCCGCCCUCCUCGCACUCUAAGCGCGCUGCCCACCCCUACGGCACAUAUGACCUCCCUUCAUCUAUCGAAGCUCGCCGUGAGAAGUCCGAGGCUCUUCUUUCGCCCUCAUCUUCCCAACCCUCCACCACUCCACAAAACAUGUCCGCCCAAACCAUUGAGAAAUUCCCUGCUCUCUUCGAGUCAGGGCCCGUCCUUGGAAUACUUCCGCGAUGCUUUGAAUCGCUCUCGGAUUGCAAAAAGCAAACGCACAACUGCACGGGCCAUGGAAAAUGUGACCUCCUCCACAAAGGCGAGACGGGCAAAGAUGCAACGGUCCAGGACUGCUAUGGGUGUCGGUGUGACGCUACUGUCAUUGAUACUGAAGGUGGUGGAAGUAAGACAACAUACUGGGGAGGCCCCGCUUGCCAAAAGAAAGAUGUCUCGGUACCGUUUUGGUUGUUUGCCGGUAGUGGUGUGCUCAUGGCUUUCCUUAUCAGCGCAGGCAUCGGAAUGUUGUAUUCCAUCGGAAACGAGGAGCUGCCAAGCGUGAUCGGAGCUGGUGUUAGCGGACCAGUGAGGAAGUAGGGCUGGGCAAGUUCCCGGUCCGGGAAAUGAAGGUAUUGGAUUUGUAUAUCUGGUGUACGACAACAUUUUCGUUUUCUUUCUAGAAAGUGCAGGGAUUGUACCAUGUAUCAGGUUGUCUGCAGUGGGAUCCCCACAGGUUCAAUGGCGUCUAGUAGCGUUCGCAAUUUCGUC